AUGAACCGCCAACUCUCCAUCGAACGUCAUCGCUGCAAAUACCCUUUGGAAUCGCUGCUGGGAUGUUUUCAGUGUGUCCGACCGGACGAACACAUUUCUUACGGGAAUUCAGGGACUGCAGUUCCACCGUUCGGAUGCACAUUCUCCACUGCACCCGGGCAGCAGAACGUUCUUGCUGUGGCGAAUGAGGAAGGAGUUGUGCGACUGUACAACACAGAAGCGACACAAAGCUACGUUCUGAAAGAGUGGCUGGCCCAUGAGAACGCGGUGUUUGAUUUGGCCUGGGUGCCUGGGGAGGCCCGUCUGGUGACCGCGUCCGGAGACCAGACGGCCCGACUCUGGGACGUGAAGACGGGGGAACUUUUGGGAGGUUUCAAAGGUCACCUGUGCAGCCUGAAGUCAGUGACCUUCCCGAAACACGAGAGAGCUGUGUUCUCCACGGGGGGCAGAGAUGGAAACAUCAUGAUCUGGGACACGAGGUGUAGUAAGAAAGAUGGGUUCUACAGACAGGUGAAACAGAUCAGCGGCGCUCAUAACAAGCCCGACAGAAACACGCCACAGACGAAGAAGAAACGCCCACUCUCCAAGGGAAUAGCGCCCUCUGUGGAUUCCCAGCAGGGUGUGACGGAGGUUCUCUUCCGAGACGAUCACACACUCCUCUCCUCGGGAGCUGUAGACGGGAUGAUUAAGAUGUGGGACCUUCGUAAAAACUACACAGCGUAUCACUACAAAGCCACGCCCCUCCAGACGUACCCCUACCCAGGCACCAGCACACGCAAGCUAGGCUAUUCAGGCCUGACUUUGGACUCCACAGGUUCCAACCUCUUCUCCAACUGCACUGAUGACAAUAUCUACAUGUUUAACGUCAGCGGGCUGAAAACCACUCCAGUGGCCACAUUCAGCGGUCAUCGUAACUCCUCGUUCUAUGUGAAGUCCACGGUCAGUCCAGACGACCAGUUCCUCACCAGUGGCUCCAGUGAUCACCACGCAUACAUAUGGAAGAUUUCAAAUCCAGAACAAACUCCCAUGAUGCUUCAGGGUCACAGCCAGGAAGUGACAUCGGUGGCCUGGUGCCCCACAGAUUUUACAAAGAUUGCAUCAUGUUCGGACGAUAACAUGGUCCGGAUCUGGCGACUGGACCGCAGAGUGGAGGACCCGAAGGCGUCUGUGGGGGAGAUGAACCUCGUGGGUUGGGCCCGCCCCAAGCAGCCAUCACGACCCAGGGACUCAGCCGGAUGUCAUUCCGAGCGCACUCCUGCAAAGAGCCCCAGUCUGGGAAGCCUCGGAUCCCUGUCGUCUCCGCAACCCGCGGCCUGCGCUCCCAGCGGAGCUGACCUCCCUCUGCCCUCCAACACCUCUGCUCCUCAACCCCUCCGAGGAGCCGGUACCAGCCCCUCCCACCCCAGAACCCCACCUUCCCUCCACCGAUGGAUUACCAGGACUCCCGGUUCCCCUGGCGACCAGGUCACACCCCCUCUCAGUGAAGUCCUCAGCCCCUUUCCCGAGAGCCCCGCCCAAAGCCCCGCCCUGAGCCAGUCUGCAGAGAGGCGUGUUAAAAGGCGACUGGAAACGGGAAGCACAGGGUGCUGUGGAAAGGGACACAGGUGUGACUGCGUGGCUGACUUGUACCCCGACCCCAAGAGGAGCCGAAGUUUAGCGGGAGUGUUUUGCGCCAACCGGAACGUCCCGAGGCCGAGCCGUGAGGAGAGCGCGACUGACCCCGCGGAGAAGGACGAGGAGAAGCCGGGCACGUCUCGGGAGGCGGAUAAAGAGAACAGCGUUCCCAGGAAAGCGAACUGGCUGUCGGACCUGGGCCAGAGACUGAGGGAAGAGCGAAGGGGACCGCUAAGCCCAAACGGCAACAAACAACGAGACCGACAGAUGCCAGCCUCGCCAGUAUGUACCCCCUGCCCUCACAGAUGCCAACCUCUGCCCCCGGACAGCCCAACACUGCCAGGGCAAAGCGAACCUGCCACAAACGUGUUCUGUAAAACUCAGUCCAUAGCCGCCAGGUUUCCACGACACACAACAAACUCCUCCUCUCCGCAGUCCCUGAAAACCUCCUCUCCCCAGUCCCUGAAAACCUCCUCUCCACAGACACACAGGAUCCCCUCACCUCGCUCCACCAAGAAGAUCUCCGCCUACUUUCAGAGGCAGACUCCGGAAUGA